AAAAAAAAAAAGCUCUCAACCAACAUAACACACAAAAAUCCCAAAACCAUCCAUUAAUUCUCUUCAAGACUCAAAAAAAGGAAAGCAAAAUGCUAUCAAGAGCCUUCACAGUAAAACCCAGAUGGAGUCCUAGCCGUAGAGAUGGAGAUGGCAUUAGCUGCAAGUUAGGGUCCAUUCUUGAAUAUUCUGAAGAUUGCUUAGUAGUUGGGUUCGAAGAUGAUUUGCCUUUAGUUUUUUGUGGUAAUAAUAAUGAAUCUCAGUUGACUUUAAGGGAGGUUCUGAGGGCAUCUGUAAGUGUUAUGGGAGAGAGUCGAUUAGGAAUGACACAGAAAGCAGUAUUAUUGGAAGGAAAAAUUUAUGCUGUGAAAAGGUUUAGAAAAGUGAGGGUUGGUAGACGUGAGUUUGGUAAAAGAGUAGAGAGAUUGUCUCAGGUCAGCCAAAAAUGUGCCUAUCUUGUUCCUGUUACUGCUUUUCUGUAUUCAAAGAGGAUCAAGUUUGUUCUUUGCGAUUAUUAUCCCAUGGGAAGCCUCGCUGACUUGCUUUCUGGUGGAAGGGAAUUAGGUCACACUGCCUUGGAUUGGAAGCAAAGGCUAACAAUAGCCAUAGACAUUGCAAGAGCAAUUGCUUUCAUUCACACAAGACAUCCUCCAUAUGAAAAGAACAUGCAAAUGAAUGUGCAUGGCAACGUUAAAGCCUCUAAUGUAAUGAUAAAGAACAACCUCACUGCUUGCUUAUCGGAUUAUGGUUUCGCCCACUUGGUGGAAUCCGAUGAAGUUUCCGAUACAUGGCAGCAGAAACCACCUCCACAGAAGCAGCAGGAAAGUCCUUACUGUAACAAAUGUUGUCAAAAGAGUGACAUUUACAAUUUCGGAAUAAUAUUAUUGGACAUGCUUGGAGGAUCCACAGCUUCAGGUGUAGUUCAUUGCAUAUUAGACAACAAAGAGGAGAUUAGAAAAGGUGCAAUUGAAUAUUUUGAAUUUGUUGUGGAGGGGAAAGAAAGGCAGAAGGCUAUGAAGGUUUUGGAUAUAGCAUUGGCAUGUGCAAACAAGUCACCCGAAGACAGACCUUCAAUAGAACAUGUUUCAAAGGUUUUGGAAAUGUUACUAUAAUUAAGAAGUAAGUUGCUAUAAAUAUAGCAUGGAGUUUUUUGUUAAACAAAUUAAUUAUGAUUUAUUGUAUUAUUAUAUGGAAUAAUUAACUAUAUAUUUAUAUAUAUGAAAUAAUUAUUCUAG